CAUUAUUACUGCUUUCCAAGCAAGCGUGUAUCAGAACUAAGAACUUAAAUAAACUACAAGUCCCAUAAUGCAUAUCCGAAUAGCUUUUCUGCUUCCCCAAAUUCUCAUCUCGCGAGUUUUCACUUAAAUUUUAAACGCGGGAGCCAUCCGCUAAAAGACUGAACGUUAUGCCAUGGAUUCUGUAGAUGAGAACGUGUCUGCUCGAAUUCUCCUGCAAAAUGUAAUUCAAACGGAGUCCUCCAGGUCCCCAAUUACCCACAGUGCCUCCCAGGCUCAGUUCCAGUCCCCUGGGUCCAGAGUCAGACAUAGUAUCAGACUAAGGAGGAGUGAUGUUGGGGCCCUUACCCCACAGGAGGCCCUCAAACAGAGCAUCAAAAAGAAGCUUUGUGAGAGCACUUCCAGAUCUUCCCUGCCAGAGCCACCCAGUAAGAGGCGGACUGUAUCAGAGGGAGUCAGGAAGAUUAACACGCUUGCACCAGCCACAGCCUCGCUUCUCUAUGACGUUGACAUCACACCUAGAUACCUACUCAGGGGGAUGCUGCAGACAGAGCUGGAAACAUCCCUUCUGGUUCAGGACCGGCCAGUCAGGAAGGAACCAGAGCUGCCCUCCACAAACUCCAGUCUUCACAGCAACCGCCCAAGUACAGGGCUGUCUGAGUUGGAUCUCCCUGACAUGACCACCACAGUAAACCUGUCAAAUACGGUGAAGGGACUAAGCAGGAAGCGACCACGUCGGAGUCUCAACAUAACAGCAUUCAACAGGCAGCUUGAACAUGAAGAUGGAGAGGGUAAAGGUGGCAGUGCAACAGAAAAAGACCUCUCAUCCCUGUCUUCUGCCUCUCCAAGCUCUAUCACCUUCUCUCUGAAAACACCCUUUGUGGACGUUCGGACUGAGAAAAGGGGAUUUCAAAGGAAGGUAGCAAAUCGUAAAAAAAUUUGCCUUGAGGAGUUUGACGAGGCCCUACGGAAUCGACAGGCGGCGAUGGGUGGAGACCCUGAGCUGAGUGUUAGRGAGGUUCAGCAGGGUCUCAGUGAGACCGUUCGUUCUGAGGGGUUCACCUUGGGACUGAGUGACCUCACCGCUCCUGACAUCACCCAUGACAUCAUCACCAGCAACACAGCGCUCUACGCCCCGCCUGAUGACACAGCAACAACCUUCAUUAUCGCCACCCAGGACAAAGACACCAUCACAGGAACACAGAUCCAGCGAGAAAUGGGAGGAAUGAAGGAUGAGGAGGAGAAAGAUAUGGAGGAGGUAGGGGAACAAAAGGAUGACAAGAUGGAAAUAGACAACAAAGAUGGAGAGGAUUUGGCUGUUGCUGCUGGGCAGAGAGGGGCCUCGGUGAGACAGGAGGAGUCCAAAUCACAGACCGAAGAGGUAGCUGACUCCCAGACAAAAGAAGUAGAAGAGGUAGCUGACUCCCGGACAGGAGAAGAUGAGGAGCUGGCUAAAUCUCCGACAGAAGAAGAGGUAGCCGAGUCUCCGACAGAAGGAGAGGUAGCCGAGUCUCCGACAGAAGGAGAGGUAGCCGAGUCUCCGACAGAAGGAGAGGAGGAGGAGAUGACUGAAUCUCAGACAGAAGAUCUAGCAGAUGAAGGGGGACAGUUAGUGGAAGAAGGGCAGGAAAAAGGCUUGACAUCACAGAGUUUAGCACACAAUGUGAUGCACAUCAGUCGGAGAGCUUAUUGCUCAGAGGGUGGUGUCGAGGUUGCAGGAGUGAUUGAAGGAGGGAGGGGCUACAAGAGCAUGGGAGCAGAGCUCCAUCCUACAGAGACUUGUGAGUCAGGGUGGGCUGGCAGAAGGUCAGAGGGGGACACUGCUGGUGAGUGGCACAGCGGGCCGGAGGUGGGAGCUAGUGAGAGCGCCCACACCCGCACAGUAACCCUUGGCAGCGCCCCUCCCUCCCCGUUGCCCCAGGAAGAUGAACAGGAGCUGGAAGGUUUGAGUAGAACAGGCACCAGCCUUGGAAAUGAGGAGAUGGAGAACUCCAUGCCUCCUUUAGAGAUGACCUUUGAACCUGAGAACAACGCCCCUCACAGCAGCAACUCAUCCCUGCACCCCAUCACUGCCCAGAGCCCAGCUGACCAUGAGGAGGACUGGGAUGAUGUGGAAGAGGGGGAUGGUAUCCAGAGUGAAGAGCUGUCCAUGAAGACUCCUGCGUUUGUCAGAGAGAAGAGGAAUGCUCUGCCUAUUGACCCCCUGGCCACACCCACUGUUCUCAAAGACCUUCAACCAAGUGUUUUGUCUGGUGCUGCAGCUGCGGUGAAGCCCARAGCGGUGAGGGGAAAGCGGGCUGGAUCAGCCAAGAAGGAUACUGGUCUCUCUAAGAGCUACAUCAUGAGCGUGUUCAAACACUUCGCCAAGACCAAGGUGUCUACAGAUGUCUACCCUGUCCUAAAGGAGAUAAUGGAGCUCUACUUUGACCGACUAGCUGAUGACUUGGAGAUGUUUGCUGCUCACGCCAAGAGGAAGACCAUUGAGGUGGAGGACGUAGAGCUGCUGAUGCGGAGACAGGGGUUUGUGACUGACAGCAUGCCAGUGAAUGUGUUGAUUGAGAAAUAUCUCCCAAUGGAAUCCCGGAAGCUCCUCAUUCCUGUGGCAACAAAUGGUAACUACGUCAUUCCCAAACCGAGGAGAAAAUGAUCAGCCUAUACUGAGAAUGAUCAGCCCAAAUCAUAAUGUGGGCUGAUGUUGUAUAUUUGAUUGAAUAUCUAUUAACAGCUGUUYAUUUAUUACUUGUAGACACUAAUUCAAACACAGCCAGGACAAGACCAUGUAACCUGGUGUAAAUGUGUUGUUUUUGUUUGAAUAUGGCUUCGUCUUUUGUUUUGUUUGUUUAUAUUUGUMGAAAAUAUUA